CAUGGCGCUAAAAUGCCUGAAGCAGCGCGAGCGAGGCCGGAAGUGCGUUUCCCUGUGUGUGCACUGUGCAGGUGUUUGGGCUGUGUCGGGCUCCGUAGCUGCUGCGCAUUGUGUGUGUGUGUACAUGGACCGGGGGAGACCGACGGGUGUUGUACUUCCUAAUCUUACAGGGACCUGGCACAAUGGCACAGAGCGUGCAGAAUGUGACCAUCGCGCUCACCCUCCCCAUCACCUGCCACAUCUGCCUGGGCAAGGUACGUCAGCCUGUCAUCUGUGUCAACCACCAUGUCUUCUGUUCUGUUUGCAUUCAAUUGUGGCUGAAGAACAACAGUCAGUGCCCAGCCUGCCGGGUGCCCAUUACUCCUGAGAAUCCCUGCAAGGAUAUCAUAGGUGGAACAGGUGAAAAUGAAAUCAUAGUCAGUCAUUCAAUCCGAAAACACCUGCGUAAAACGAGACUUGAGCUUCUCCACAAGGAAUAUGAGGAUGAAAUAGAGUCCCUGGUAAAAGAGACAGAAGAACUAAAAAGAACAAAUCUUACAUUAGAACAGCGACUUAAUGAAUUGCCUGAUCCUGUCACUACUACUUCACCCUGCCGUUGUGCACACAGACAGGCAGAUGUUAGCAGCAACAUUAGUGAUAAACUACUAGUGGAGUGGAACAGAAAGCUGGAAAUGGUGAAUACUGCAAACCAGAAGGUGACAGGAGACCUAGAAAAGCUAAAACAGGAAAAUAGGAAGCUGAAAAAUGAGAAUAUUGAAUUUGUGAGAGAGAAUCUCCGACUGAAAAAUGAGGUAGACCUCCGAUCACCACAAAAAUUUGGAAGGUUUACAGUGGCUGCAUUGCAAGCUAAAGUAGACCAAUAUGAACGAGAAAUAAGCAGACUUAAAAAAGCUCUAGAGAGGAGUGAUCAGUAUAUAGAAGAAGUGGAAGCUCAGGUUGAGCAACUGAAAAGGCCUCUAGAGAAUAAGCAAAAGGACAAACCUGAUUGCCAAAAUGGUGCUUUCAUGGAAGUGAAUGUAAAUGGAGCUACAAAUGUAAAAAUGGGCACGGAAGUGAACACAGAAGAACCAUUCCUAGAUUGCAACCAUAAAACUGGAUUUAAUUUAGAUGAUGUCAACAGUAUCUGCUCCACUUCUUCAAAUGGGCACACAUUUGGUUUAAACAAAGCGCAAUCUCUCAAUGAAAAUUUAGAUUCAUCUGAAGCAAAAAACCAAAUAAGUGAUUAUUUGUCUAUGAUGAAGGAUAGUAAUGAAGAAAUUCAUUUGGAUAAAAACCGUACAAGGGACACUACAGAUAUAUUGUCUCAAGUUUUUGGUAGCCCUUCAUUAUCACAGCCUUUCAGCUCUCUUCAGUUGAAUACACCAGGCAGCAAAACAAGUUGUUCUUUUAAUCAUGGUAGUUUAAAAAAGCCUCUGACUUAUCUUAGGAAAUUAGUAUUUGAUGACUUAAGCGAAAAAAGAGAACUGGGAAAACUGAGCUCCCCGAAAAAUGAACAUUGUUUUAUCCAUGGUGAGAGCACACCAUACCUUCCUGAACCUAAGUCGACAUUUUUAAAUUUUUGCCAUGAUAAUUGUGGACCACUGAAGGAGGACACUGAAAUGCCAAGACAAAACCCAGCACCAAAUUCAGCAGAUGAAAGUUCAGUCAGCAGGCCAAACCCAAUAGACUGUGAAGAUAUUAAACGCACCAGGACCUCAAGUGAGAACUCCAUGGAUGUGGCCUUCAAUGAUAAAAUCAGUGAGCUCCAUUACAUGAUGUGUGAUUUGGAAAGCCAGAAAAGUGGUAAUCAUGGUGAUGUGUCUCAUACUUUUAAAAGUAAUUCUAAAAUCUCUAAGAAAUCUUCAGUGUCUCAUGAAGCAAAUGGUCCAUAUAGCCCAUGUUCUCCAUCCGCAAAUGGCAAUAGUGAGCAUACACAAUUCUUUAAGAGCCCGUCCCCUGGUGAAAAUGAUCUGUCUAAUACAAAUACUGUCUCCAGUAUAUCAUCAUCAUCACAACCUGAAUGUGAAAUUCUGUUUGAGCCAUCUUCUUCUAAUAUGGUCCUGCCAGGACAUUCAACAGAAUUGGCUUUUCCUCCCUCUUGUAUCGCUCAAAACUACAAUAAUAGCCCUCCAGCAAAACGAAAGAUGCUUAACCCAUGUAGUGACAGCCCUUCAAAAUCAUUAAAACACUGAGAUCCUUAACCACCUAAAGACGCCAAUUGGCUUUGUACAGGCCAAGGAAAUCUGUGGUAAUAUGAUAGUUUAAUAAAUACAAGUUAUUGUAUUUAUAUAGUGCAA